AUGUUUCUCAAAACAAAACCGCCCGGUGGCCGCACCACCUCACGUGAUGUUCGUGUAUAUCAAUCCUUACGUUCUCAAUCAACGCCCCAAGGCUCAUUUCCCCCGGUGUAUGAAGAAGAGCAUGACCAGGUGCCAGAGCCUAGCUCAGCAGAUGAAGGAGAAACUGAAUAUGCAUUGGCAGAGGAAGCAAUUGAGGAAGCUAGUUCCAGCUGUGAUCUGAGAAAAAGACCUGCACGUCAUGAAUUGGAUGAUGAGACUCCAUCUCCCAUGUCUACCACUAUCCCUACACCCACCUCUAAUGCAAGUGGCAUGAUCACCAUGACUGCAGCUGAUUUGUUUGCAUUUUGCCAGCAGAUGAUGGCUAUACAACAGAACACUCAAAUCAAUGAGAAUGCCCCUGCAUAUACUCUAAAACAGGAGAUACGCGAAUAUCAAAAAGAAGUGCAGGCUGUGAUGGAUAUGAAAGCUGUGACCACAUUUAAUGGGACCAACUAUCAAGACUGA